GGGGAGGAGGAGGGGGGAAGGGGAUAAGGAUGAAGAAGGAGGAGGAGAAGAAGUAGUAGUAACGGAAGGAGAAGGAGGCCCUUCUCCUCUUUCCUCCUCUUCUGCCUCUUCUCGCGAAAACUGGGACUCCGAACUGCUCUUCACUUUUGUCAUCGUCCUUUCCAUUCCUCUUUCUUGCGCAUGCGCUGUAACAUCUCUUAAAAGGUUCUGUUCUUCUCUUCCUCGUUGCUGUGUUGUUAUGUGUUUUGAUAAGUUUAAAAUACUUGUCAGUUAAUAUUGUACGUUGUUGUGUCCAAGUGUUGUUACAAUCUGUUUAGUAGUUUAGGAGAUAUGAAGUCCCCACAAAUGGACAUUACAUUUUUAUUUAUAUAGAUUCAACCACAAGUUUUAAAAUCAACUGGGACAGGAGAUUUGUAAGUCAACAAAGCACAAGCCUUGUUUCAAAGAUGUAACACAGGGAUAGCGGGAAACCUGCAGGCACAAUUUUAACUUCCAGUCCAAGUCCUGGUUCCCAUUUUUAAACAAGCCUUUCCAGUUGAAUAAACAAGGUUUACUGAAGUAAAAUCAUUACUUUGGAACUGGGCCAUUGCCAUCUUAUUUGACUCUUUUACCAGAUUCGUGUAUCUAUGAAAAUUCCUCCAAGAGUUCCACACAAAAUUGAAGCAAGCUUGUUACAUGCAGCCAGCGCAGAUCUUGCCUUUCCAGCGGCAGUCCAUGACAAUGUCGUCUGUAGUAAAACCUUUCAGAUUCUUUAUAAAAAUGAGGAGGUGUCUGUGAAUGAUGUUAUGAUCUUCAAAGUUAAAAUGCUGCUGGAUGAAAGGAAGAUUGAAGAAUCUCUUAAUGAAAUGAGUUUCCUGCUCUCUUUAGAUCUACACUUUACAGAUACAGAUUAUUCGCCAGAGGAUCUGAACACACUGCAGCUAAUUAGCAGCCGAACACUAAAAUUGCACUUUACCUUACAACGAGGCCUUCAUCACUAUGUCAAUGUCAUGUUUGAUUACUUUCACCUCUCUGUCGUUUCUGUUAUAAUCCAUGCAUCCUUAGUUGCUCUUCACCAGCCAUUGAUAAGCUUUCCUCGCCCAAUCAAGAAUACGUGGCUAAACAGAAAUGCACCAGCACAAAAUAGGGAUUCUGUGAUUCCUUCUCUUGAAAGUGUUGUCUUUGGCAACAGUUACUCCAAACAAUUAUCAACUGAUGGCAGCAGCUUUAUAAUAGCAGAACCUUUUUUGAAUCACGCUUACAAUCUCCACCAAACACUUUGUGCCAGUUUGCUGCUUGCGUUCAAAGGAUUACACAGCUAUUUCUCUACUUUAUCAAAAGAGCUGCCUUUAUCUCUGAAGUUAGAUGCAGCGAAGCCCAGCAUGCAGGUCCUUUAUGAACGCCUUCUCAGAAGAAAAUACCACCGAAUCCAGGGGAACGCCUAUCUAGAAAACAUAGAUGUAGAUGUAGAAGCACGCCUAUCGGAACUCUGUGAAGAAAUAAAGAAAAUGGAAAAUCCUGAUGAACUGGCAGAACUUAUAAAUAUGAACCUUGCCCAGCUUUGUUCACUACUGAUGGCUUUAUGGGGACAAUUUCUCGAAGCUAUUCACUUCCAAGAUGACGUCAUUGCAUUGCUAGCACAAGAACAUCAUACAAUCCGUGUGCGUAGAUUUUCUGAAGCAUUUUUUUGCCUGGAACAUCCAAGGGAAGCAGCCCUUGCAUAUCAGGAACUUCAUGCCCAGAGCUACCUUCAGAUGUGUACUGCAAUAAAAAGCACCUCCUUCUGUAGUUCUCUCCCACCUCUCCCAAUUGAAUGCAGUGAAUUGGAUGGAGAUCUGAAUUCCUUGCCUAUAAUCUUUGAAGAUCGAUAUCUAGAUUCUGUGACUGAAGAGACAGAUGUACCCUGGUCUACAACUCAUCAGAAGUCUGAUUCCAAGAAACCAGAUAAAGACACUGAAGAAAGUUGUGUAACUGGCUUUUCCAGCCCAGAAUUGAAAAAUCGUUCAGUGGCCUCUCAUGCUUGGCAGUCAGAAAGUGAAAAACAGUUCACAAAGUCUACUAAAGGGAAGAAUGAAGAUACAAACAAAUCAAAAGUUAAAGUUACCAAACUGAUGAAAACAAUGAAACCAGAAAAUCCCAAGAAAAUUGUAAAGCAAAACUCUAAGGACUCUGUUGUCUUGGUCGGCUACAAAUGUUUGAAAAAUGCAGCACAAGAUGACAUCUCUAAAUACUUUGAAGGAACUCCUUCAGAUAAUCAGAAGGAAGGGUUAGAUUUUACUGUGGGUAAACAUCCUUGUGAUACAAAGAACUUCAUGCGGCAAAUUAGUGAGAACCAAAUUACAGGUUUACCAUCUAGUACUGAGCAAAUUACUACCAAACUGGAAGGGAGUAAGGAAGGCCAACAUAUCUCUGUUGUUUCUCAGUGUGCAAAUUCAAUCAUUUUUGGUAAAUCUGAUCUCCCCCAAGCAGGCAUUGGGGGUACUCAUGCGGAUAGCAGCUUGAUACCUAGAACUACUGUUGAAAAUUAUACUGGUACCUCUGGAGUUACCAAAAUAGAAGUAAAACCAUACUGCAGAAAUAUUCAUGGGGGAGAGAAAGUGUUUGUUAGAAUAGGUUCACAAAUUGAAGUUUCAAAUAGUGGAGAAAGUGGGGGGAAUUUGCAGGAGCAGCCCACUUUUGACAAACUAGAAUUGGAAAAGAGAGUUAAAUCAGAAGAAGAGGAACUGAUGCUUGAAAAGGAAGUUGUGCAAGAAACAAAUUUCCGACUCGUUAAGGAUUCAUUAGCAAAGGAUGCAACCAGCCAGUCCACUCUGUCACCAAAGGAAAUGCCUACUGCAGCUGUAAGUGGAGAUGUUCUUAGGUUGCCCGAUGUCAGCAUUACCUGUGCAUCUUCUAGAUUUUCAGAUUCUGGCGUAGAAAGUGAACCGAGCUCUUUUGCAAUGCACCCAAAUGCAGAUGGGACUUUUGAAACUCCUCAAGGCCAAAGUACAUGCAGCACCGAGAGAAUAUUUCCUCAGCUUUUGUUAAAACCAGAUUGCAAUAUGAAAAACCUGGUGGAGAGCCAUUGUACAGAAAGUACAAGUGCUGUUAGUGAAAUACAGUCCUCCCUGACAUCGAUAAAUUCUCUUCCUUCUGAUGAUGAUCUUUCCCCUGAUGAAAACUCAAAGACAUCUGUUGCACUUGAAUGCCAGCUAAGUGACAGCAAAACUGUAUUAGACCUGGGAGCCAUAGACUUGACAAAAUGUGAAGACAAUGAGGAGGAAUCAAAGGUUUUGCUACACCACUGUGUAUCAUGUUCAGAACAGUCUGACAAUGAAACUACUUUUCUGCCUUCUUUGUCCUCCAAUGCAAAAUGUCCUUUACAGUUGCUAUCAGGUGAUGAUACAUGUACAGAUAUCAACCCACCCUUGGACAUUGGCACAGGUUGUAAAGAUACCCAAAUAUUGGAGAGAGAUGUGCAUACUGUAGGAGAAACAAUUGAAACUCCAUCAGGAGUUGUUUGUCCAGGGGGGUCCUGUGUUGUUUCAGGUUCAGUAUCAAGUGAGGGUGGUGUAGAAAGAACAAGUGAAGGAGAUUUUAAUGAAUCUGUAGAGCCAAAAAAGCUAGCUGAGAAAUUGUCAAGAACAACAAAUGAUGAAACUCCCACAGAUUUGAAUAUCAUCUCACCAGAAGGAAGUACAGAUAUGUUGAAGCAAGGACUUGUAGAAAACUACUUUGGCUAUCAAAGUAGUACAGAGAUUUCAAAUAUAUAUUCUGCUGACCCUAACAAUUCUGUUAGCCCUCAAAGGGGAACAAUUUGUUCUGUUUCAACAGAGGAGGAGGAGGAGCAAGACCAAGACAUGGUUGAAAAUGGGUAUUUUGAGGAAGCAGAUGAUAGCAGUGUAUAUGGAGCUACCCAUGAUGCUGAGGAAACAUUUGGGCUCACAAAUGAGACUUCUUUAACAACGGAUAGAAUGACCAGGGAACUUUUUGAAAAUGCAGCAAAUAUCUCUCCAUUCUAUCCUCCGGGGAGUUUGACUUUUCCCUCUACAUUGAAAGGAUAUCCAUACAGUGUGUUAUGGUCAUCAAAAGACAAACCUAAUGCAGUUCUCAAGCCACCCAGCAAUGUCUCCUGCAAUACUGCUUCAUCUGUCCCUUGGUAUGAGUGGGCUCCCAAGCCUCAAAUGCAAGCAUUCCUUCAGGCUAAAGAGGAACUAAAGCAACUUCAGCUCCCUGGAUUUAUGUACAGUGAUAUUCCCAAACUGUCAUCCGCAGUACCUUAUUUCAGUACCGAAGAGGAGGAAAGUACAGAAGAUGGAAUACAUCUCAUAGUCUGUGUCCAUGGUCUAGAUGGUAACAGUGCAGAUUUAAGAUUAGUAAAGACAUACAUUGAACUUGGUCUUCCUGGAAGUCGUAUAGAUUUCCUGAUGUCUGAGAAAAAUCAGAACGAUACAUUUGCUGAUUUUGAUUCAAUGACUGAUCGUCUUUUGGAUGAAAUAAUACAAUAUAUUCAAUUUUACAAUCUAACUAUUUCAAGAAUCAGUUUUAUUGGGCAUUCAUUAGGUAAUCUAAUAAUCCGCUCGGUGCUUACAAGACCCAGAUUUAAAUUUUACCUUGGCAAACUUUACACCUUCCUGUCUCUGUCUGGACCACAUCUUGGCACACUCUACAACAGCAGUGCUCUUGUUAAUACAGGUCUCUGGUUCAUGCAGAAGUGGAAGAAGUCAGGGUCUUUAUUGCAGUUGACGUGUCGAGAUCAUUCAGACCCUCGCCAAACCUUCUUGUACAAACUUAGUAGAAAGGCAGGUCUUCAGUAUUUCAAAAACAUAGUAUUAGUUGGAUCUCUACAAGAUCGUUAUGUCCCUUACCAUUCUGCCCGCAUUGAGAUGUGUAAAACAGCUUUGAAGGACAAGCAGACAGGACCAAUAUAUGCUGAAAUGAUCCAGAAUCUGCUGCUGCCUGUUCUUCAAAACAACGAAUGCAGUUUGGUUCGUUAUAAUGUCCAUUGUGCAUUGCCAAACACAGCCGAUUCUCUCAUCGGACGAGCUGCCCACAUUGCUGUUCUAGACUCUGACAUAUUCUUAGAAAAAUUCUUUCUGGUUGCCGGCCUCAAAUAUUUCCAGUAGGAAUAAAACCAUUGUAACUGACCUGGCGUAUUACCUCAUUAACAGAUGAACCCAAUAACGUGCGAUAUUAAAACUGUAGCUGCCGCUAUAUUUUAAGAGAUAUUUAUACUUUUUUAUAUGGAAGAUAAUUUAUAUCAUCCAUGUGAAGAGCUUUUUUAACAUCAACUUUACUUUCUAGGUAAUGUGGCUGUGCAAUAUAUUUUUUUAACAUUUGUUUUUACUUUUUUCUAUUUUUCUUAUUUUGGGUACCUAAUUAUUUCAGAGCUGAGAUUUAAGUACAAUUGCGUACAGUAGGUGGGUUUAUGGGCUCUCUCGGUUGCAAAAACGUCUGUGAUUAUGUGACAGGUUUAUGCAUCUCUCGAUGCCAAAACCAAUCUGGAUGUUAGCAAGUGCAACAAGAAAGUUUUAAAUUUGAUCCGUUUCAUAUUGUGGAAAGCUGAACUGGAAAAAUGUUGGCUGCUAAAAUAACUAUCAUAACUGUAGGUCUGUUCAAGACCCCUUUUUGAGUCUUCUGUUUGCUAUGUCACUACAUUCUGUUUUUUAUUGAAGCAUUACUGAACAUGCUAUGCCUGUGGAAACUUCAUUUUCCUAUUGAUCUCAGUAGCAUGUGGGUUUACAUUUUCACCUUUGUUACUGGAACUUUGGUUUUCAUACGCAAAACAGCAGCUAAGGAUUUUUGAAUGUCGAAAUGUGAGCUGCCUUCAAAUGGUAUUUUGCAAAGUUUAAAAAACUUGCUCUUAUUCUUGGUUCAGUUCUUUGGUGAACCUUUUACACGGGACUUCCUUGUAUGUACAUUUCAAAAAAAUUAAAGGCUAUAAAUUUCUGCAAUACUUUUAUGAAUAUAGAUUUAUAAAUAUUACAUUUUAUGGAGUACAUAUUAUUGUAAAUAGGAAUCAACUGCAUCUUGAAAUGGAACAAAAUGGUAAACUUUAGUGAUACUGGUAAAUGUUUUUAAUAUUCCGGAAUGUUAAAGGGUUUGUCAAAUUGGUGCUGAACAGCAUUGAGUUCGUAAUUAGCUGUUUCAAACCGCAAUGCACUUAAAGGUGAAAAGAAGGUCUUGUGCAUUCACUAACUGUAAUGACCAGUUUUUCUGAAAAUAUAAAUUUGUUGUAUAUCUAGUGCAUGUUUCUUUUUUAGCAUUGUGUUACUGCAUCUGGUGUUAAUAAAUUGAACAGUCUUCUGAUAACUUA